GUGUUCCUUCUUGCACCUUAAUCUGAAAGGACAGGUAAAAUCGUCCAAAUUCGUCUACAACCCGAUCUAAAACGAACAACCUUACGGGUUGCGUGGUCCAUUAGAAAAGGUGUCGAUAAUUUAAUUAAUCACAAAUUUAAAUUAAAUUCCUCACUAAAACACCUGCAUAUAAAUGAUAUGAACAGGGAAGAUUUAAGAAACAUUUUGGCAUUUACUGCUUCGAUAACUACAAUUUUUCAAAGUCUCGCGGGAACUUUGGUUUGUUUAAAAAUCGUACAGAAAAAAAGCACCGGCGACCUAUCUGGACUACCCUUCAUAUCCGGAUUCUUGGCUGCCAGUUCGUGGUUAGGCUAUGGGUUUUUAAUUGGAGAUCCCACACUAAUUUUUGUGAAUACAGUUGGAACAGCUUUAAACUUCUCGUACGCUUCCCUGUUUUGCUUUUUCAGUAUCAAAAAGACUGUUGUCCUUCGGCAAUUUGUGGGAAGCGUGUUCGGUAUAAUAACAUUAUUACUUUAUUUAGUAAAUGGAUUUAGUACGGAGAUCUCGAUUAAGUAUGUCGGAUUUUUAUCAUGUGCAUUGACAAUAAUGUUUUUUGCCGCUCCUUUAACAUCUCUGAUGUACAUCAUUAGAGUGAAAUCGGCAGACAGUUUGCCCUUCCCAAUUAUAUUAAUGACGUUCAUUGUUACGAUACAGUGGUUUUUUUACGGAGCUCUUCUUCACGACUAUUUCAUACAGAUACCGAAUAUUUUGGGAUGCCUUCUGUCUGGAUUUCAGUUGUUCCUUUUUUGGAUAUAUUCAAAGUCAUCUGCGGUAACUUAUACACCUGUACAGAAUCUGUAAAAUUUGCUUUUGCAUUUUAAUUUACCAAAGAGUAAUUAUAGGUAUAUUUUUAUAGUAUUUAUAAUUAGAUUUGUUAACAAGUUGUAUUGUUAUUACCAAAGUUAUGUACUUAGAUGUAUUUUUGAACGAUGUUAAUUGUUAUCAAAUACCUAAAAUUUGUAUG